UUCUCCCUCUGUAGCCAUAGUCUCUCUCUCUCUCUCUCUCUCUCUCUCAAUGGGCAUGCUCUCUUCUACGCCACUGAUUUUCUGGGCGACAGAUCGGUGGCCAACUUCUUCCCAAUCUCUUGCUGGGUUUUGAUCUUCCAACCGGUUGAUGACUUGUUUAUUGAGAUAGAUAUUGGGAGCAUCUGUCUGUUUUAGGUAUGGCUUCAGUGGGUGUAGCACCUACAUCUGGUUUGAGAGAAUCCAGUGGUCAUACUAUUGGUGUUGAUAGGUUGUCUGAGGAGAUGAAUGACAUGAGAAUUAGUGAUGAUAAGGAAGUGGAGGCCACAGUUAUAGAUGGAAAUGAAACAGAAACAGGUCAUAUAAUAGUUACAACUAUUGGUGGUCGAAAUGGACAACCGAAGCAGGCCAAGCUAAGUUCAUUUGUUAAUAAUUUCCAGACAAUCAGCUACAUGGCUGAGCGUGUGGUUGGACAUGGAUCAUUUGGAGUUGUGUUUCAGGCAAAGUGCUUAGAGACAGGUGAAACUGUAGCUAUUAAAAAGGUUCUUCAAGACAAGAGAUACAAGAAUAGAGAGUUGCAAACCAUGCGUCUUCUUGACCAUCCAAAUGUUGUGUCUUUGAAGCAUUGUUUCUUUUCUACAACUGAGAAGGAUGAGCUUUACCUUAACCUGGUACUUGAGUAUGUUCCUGAAACCAUUCAUCGUGUAAUCAAACACUACAAUAAGUUGAAUCAAAGAAUGCCGCUGAUAUAUGUGAAGCUAUACACAUAUCAGAUCUUCCGGGCUUUGUCUUACAUCCACCGCUUUAUUGGAGUUUGUCACCGGGAUAUCAAGCCUCAAAAUCUUUUGGUCAACCCUCAUUCCCACCAAGUUAAACUAUGCGAUUUUGGAAGUGCUAAAGUUUUGGUAAAAGGAGAGCCCAAUAUCUCUUACAUCUGCUCUAGGUAUUAUAGAGCACCUGAACUUAUAUUUGGUGCAACGGAGUAUACUACAGCCAUUGACAUCUGGUCUGCUGGAUGUGUUCUUGCAGAACUACUCCUUGGACAGCCUUUGUUUCCUGGUGAGAGUGGGGUUGAUCAGCUUGUUGAGAUUAUCAAGGUUUUGGGUACUCCAACGAGGGAGGAAAUUAAAUGCAUGAACCCUAACUAUAUUGAGUUCAAAUUCCCACAAAUCAAAGCUCAUCCAUGGCACAAGAUAUUCUAUAAACGCAUGCCUCCAGAAGCUGUUGAUCUUGUUUCAAGACUGCUGCAGUACUCACCAAACCUGCGGUGUACAGCUUUGGAUGCCUUGAUCCAUCCGUUCUUUGAUGAGUUACGGGAAGCGAACACCCGCCUGCCAAGUGGACGUUUUCUUCCCCCGCUAUUUAAUUUUAAGCCUCACGAGUUAAAGGGGAUACCGGUGGAGAUUUUGGUGAAGUUGAUUCCAGAGCAUGCUCGGAAGCAGUGUAGUUUCCUUGGAUUGUGAAGAAUGGCCAUGCCCAUGAGGAAGCUGCUGCUAGGCUAUACACGAUUUGUUUGUUGGCAGUCUAGAUCAUGUGGGUUUUUGUGUGUUUGUUGGCUGUUAGUAUCAUGAUGCCUGUCUGUCUGUCUAUCUAGAGGAGGUGGCCGGGCCAGCCAGACUUGAACGGGAAUCCUGAAGACUCAUCACCCCACACCCCAUUCCACCCCUCCACCCUGUCUUCAGAAUCAUCAAAGGACUCGUAGAUUUCUUUUUCUUUCUUUCUUGGUUUCUUGUGGAUAUAACUAAUGAUGAAUGAUAUGUCUGUUGAGUGUCACUCACUCAUUACACACACACACACACACACACACACAUAUCUGUUGGUGAUUUUUAUUAUUUGGAUAUGUCAGGCAGCGUGUGUGUAGCUUAGGAGUGAGAGAUACAGUUUGAGAAUACAAUACAAUACAAGUGCUCUCCAUACA